AUGAGCGGCGCUGUUCGAAGUCAGCAGCAACAGGGAUCAGGAAGAGGCCGGAGACGACUUAAGAUACCCGUGGGCAGCCCGGUAUCCGUAAAUGCCGACCAGAAAGAUUCCUCGAUUUCCACUGCAAAACCCACUAACUCUAACCUCAACUCGGGGAUACUCACUCCCCUUCCUCUAGCUCAGCCGAAUCUCUUGCCAUCCUCCGAUGUUACGUUGGCAUCAGACAAGCCUUUGAGGGGAGCAUCAGAUACUUUGAAACCGGAGAAACCCAUCCAUCAACCGAUCUCAGCAACGUUCGGCAUUGCAGUCCAGCCUGCUCCUGUCCUCAAUGUCUCGCUGCCAGAUGCCAUUUUCCCUCUGCUUCCCUCCACAAAUCCACUGGCCGUUUGUAGGUACAUCGACAGCAUUCUGAGCUUUUGUGAGACACCGCAGCACCGGCUUUUGUAUCUUGCCAUCCGCUUUCGGCUGGAACUCAUCUCGACUGACGACAAUUACCAGUCGCUGUUUCUUCCCGAUGCCUCACCUUUUCUGCAGGAGUUACGUGAGCUAGAGUUAGCGCAGGCACACUCUAGUUCUUCUACACUAACUGCAACCAUGACUUGGCCACAUUCUACCCAGCAAGCCCCAGAUACUACCCUCGAGGACUAUAUGAGCUCACAUUCUAUACAAGAGACGUUUGAUUUCCUAAUAAACACGCGCGACUACUACAAUGCAUACCUUUUAGCAUUUUCCUGCUCAAACAAUGUCUGGAUUACUCAACUCUUCAGUGCUAGCAAAAGCGUGUCCCCCACAGUGCUUCGGUUUCUUAAUGACAUACUCCCAUCCCUCUCCUCCUCUGGUGUGCAGACCAGUGAUAUUGACGCCUGGCCCGCGGUGCUUCUUUGGUUUAUCAAGACAAUAAUACGUGCCCCCAAGGGAAGCUGGAAUCCAGAUUUCCUAGGUAUGCAGAGGCGCUAUUUUCUUAAGUUGCUACUCCACGGCUACAUACUCGAAGCACAGCUCUCUGGCAUUGCUCUUGGAUAUAUCUUAGAACCAGGAUCUUACACCACAUUUAUUCAAAACAAUGCAAAUCUUUUACACGCAUCUGUAAGUGCCCUCCUUAAUUUUAAACCUGCUACAGCCCUGCCAAACCAUAUGGUACAGGCAAUGUUUAUUAAUCCUCAACAGCCUCUUCACAGACAAAAGCUUAUGGCAUCCACAUCAUCCAUCGAACUCAGAACCAACAAUUUGCGUGUUAUCACACAAGUCUUUGUCGAGGACAUCAAGGAAAAGCAGCAAAUAUCUCCAGAGAUGCUCCUUCUUGCAGAGCUAGUCGAGUAUACACACAUGGCGACCUACUUCUAUUGUGCAGCAAAAGUUCGAGGAAGGUUCUUUCCGCCUGAACCCAAAAGCAUCUUCGACUCCAGUAUUCAUCAGAACCUUACUCUAUUUCCCCACUUGCUGCCAUACAAAGUUCACGAGAUACUUUCCCGUGGCUACGUUGAGCUAGCCCUACGGUUCCUGCAUACGCUACUGGUCAUUAUCCCCGAGCAAUUCACAAACACCCCGUUCGUCACAUCAGCAUACGAUAAUUGUACUAUCUUACCCUCAACUGGGAAGGCGUCACUACCUCCUGCUGAGAUUCUUCCCACAGCAAAUUUGGCAGAUGCAAUCGGAGUCACUAACAAUAAAAAGGACAAAAAAGGGCUUCAAUCGUUAACUACGCUUGUCUGGCCUGAGCCUAAAGUAAGAACGGUGAAAAUCGUGCCAACGGUCCCGUUCUCUGCAAUAUUACUUCCACUUUCACCUGUGGCAAUGCAUGCCUGGUCAGAGCUUACCAGAAUUGGAACAGAUAUUAAGUCCAGAAGAGACACGAUGCCUGAAACGGCGUUUAUUGCUCAUAGACUAUCCCGGCAGCUCUCGGAAAAGGUAUUUCUUCUAGGAGCUCUAACAAUACGUCAAUCUUGCAACAUCUCCACUAUAUCUGAAAGUGCCCUUCCAGGGUAUGACAGUGCAUCUGAAAUUCUUCCCUCUUGUAAUACCAGCAUGACGUCCGAGUGCUCAGGUGAGAACAAGCAACAGACGGAUGGGGGGACGCUUCUCAGCAAUCUGGGCAAAAAAGCGACGACAGGCCUUGGCAAGCUCUUCGGAACACUCGAUCCAGAAACAGACUGCAUCAUGGAGACUUCUUGUGCCAGGGAGUUACAAAGCACAAAUCAGUCCCAAUUCUUGCAGCAGCCGCUUCAGACCGGCUCACUAAACCCGUUCACCGUCACUAAACAGGCGCCCACCUCUCCCAGUAUCCUCCAUCACCCAUAUCCUCAUAACAGAUCCAGCUCAUGGCUUAAGGAUGUGUCAGAAGGCGUUGAUACUCAUGCAGGCCCGGACAUUUCUUUCUCAGAUGAGCUAGGACCACUUCAGUGUACACAGCCCGUUGUGCAGCCACUUGUAUCUAAGCUGUCUACUGAGACAUCGCCAGAUGUCGCAUUUUUCAACGAAGCUGUCUACCCUUCUAGCGCGUCUUCACUCGCGCUUUCUGUAGCAUCCACUAACAUACCAGUGCCACUGGCACCUCCUUCUGUGGUCACAUCAGUUCCUGCAGCUACGCGCGCUCCUGUUCCUCAAUAUGCUACAAUUGCUCGCCGAAAUGCGGUCAGAGCGCGAGCAGGACCGGUGAGACCUCCGACAAUGCUGAUUCCUACUUCCUAG